ACUUGAUUGGUCCGAGACGGAAAAGGUACGAAGUUUACAUCGAUUCAUCAAUCAUCUACGUCGGCAAUAUUGCAAUGUUGGAUUUUGCUAUUUUUGCCGUGACAUUUGUUGGAGGACUAAUAGCAGUUGUAAUUUAUCUCUAUCCAGGAUCAUCCAAGCCAAGUUCAAUCCCUGGUCCAGAUCCCACUACAAAAGAAGAUGGUAAUUUAGCAGACAUUAGUAGGGCUGGGAGUCUCCAUGAGUACCUAUUGGAUAUUCACAAGCAGUAUGGACCUAUUGCAUCAUUUUGGAUGGGACAGCAGUUUGUGGCAAGUAUUGCCUCAGCUGAUCUAUUUAAAGAACACCAGAAUGUAUUUGACAGACCUCCUGAGUUAUUCAAGCUGUUUGAAAUUCUGAUUGGACCAAAAAGUAUACAGUAUGCAAAUAAGCAAGAUGGCAGAACAAGGAGAAAGAAUUAUGAGGUGGCAUUGACUCAUGAUGCUAUCAAAAAGUACUAUGAAACGUUUCAAAUUAUAGCCAAUGACCUAUCCAAGAAAUUCUCGUCACUUGUGAAGGAAGAACACAUAGCGCUCAGUCAGUACAUGAGUGCAUAUGCACUUAAAGUUGUGUUGUUAACUUUAAUGGGUGACACAUUUAAGGAUGAUAAAGAAGUUUUAGAAUUCAGAAGAUUGUAUGAUAUUGCUUGGGUGGAAACAGAAAAACAAUUAACAGAUGUGCCGGAACCAGACAGUCAACGCAUGAAAACAUUUAAGGAUGCAAAAGACAAGCUGUAUAAAAUAAUAAAAAGAACGUUGGACCAUAGGAAGAAGAAUCCCGCCAAGAAGGGAGAAUUACUUAUGAUUGACAUCCUCAUAGAAAAUUGCCAGGAUGAAGAUACUUUACUCUCAGAAACUUUUACUUUUAUUAUUGGUGGAUUUCAUACUACAGGAAAUCUACUGACCUGGUGUUUUUACUUCCUUGCCACACAUCAAGAUAUCCAAGAUAAAGUUUACAAAGAGAUUAAGAGUGUCCUUGGAAAUGAUGAAGUUGAUCACUCCAAUAUCAAUGAUUUAAAGUAUUUACGACAAGUUAUAGAUGAGACCCUAAGAUGUGCAGUCAUUGCCCCUUGGGCAGCAAGAUUCCAGGAUUUUGACUCUGAAUUAGGAGGACACAAAAUACCUAAAAAUACUCCUGUAAUUCAUGCUCUUGGUGUGACACAGCAGGAUGAGACUGUAUGGCCAGUACCCAACAGAUUUGAUCCUGAUAGAUUUAAUGAAGAGAACAGUAAGAAGAGACAAAGUUUAGCUUUCCAACCUUUUGGAUUUGCUGGGAAAAGGAUUUGUCCUGGAUAUAGAUUUGCCUAUGCUGAAGCUUCUGUCUGCUUCGUGUCCUUACUUAGAAAGUUCAAGUUCAAUAUGGUGGAGGGUCAAGUAAUUACUCCUGUGCAUGGUCUUGUAACAUAUCCUAGUGAAGAAGUGUGGAUAACCAUUGACAAAAGAUAAAAUAAAUUAUAGAAAAACUUCUAGCAUCUUGUUUAGGAUUAUUAUCCUAAAUAUUAUUGUUCAACCAAGCUUUUGCAUAGUUUCCAUAUCGACUGUGGGAUUUGCCACACAAGGCUUUUUGCUGUUAGAAUACAUUUGGCAAGGGUAGAAUAGGAAAUAAAGUGUUUAUACCAUCAGAUAGUUGAAAUAUUUGUAGCAUGGGCCAAAUAGGUUUUUGUUAUUUUUUAUUUUGAGCACUUUUUAGCAACCAAUUUAUGAAAUGAAAAAAAACAGGAAAAACUAGAUUUUCAAUAUCAUAAUUCCAUAUCUCUCAAUACAUAUAUAUAUAGUGGUUUGAAAAUUUUUAAUUUAUUAGAAAUAUUUAAUUUAAUUACAUUGAGUUAUUGAAUUGUAAUACAUUUUUCAAAUUAGUGUGUGUGAGAUUUUGAGGUAGGUUGGCUAUGUUUCUACAGAUUUUUUUUUAUCUGGCUUAGAGAAAGUCAGAAAUGCAGUACUAACACAAGUGAAAUUCCAUUUCAAGUAGGAUUGUGACAAAGUUGUAUAUUUGUGGUAAUUUGUGACAGUUGAUCUGAUCAUGAUCACAUCAACAAAACUUGAAAAAAAGAUGACUUUAUAAUAAGAUUAAGAACCAUUUAUUAUAUCAAAUUCAGUAUUUUGAGAUGGUUCAUUUAGUUUUUGAAUUGUGUUAUUUUGGUUAUUUUAAGUCUAGUUACAUUGUUUUUAUUAACAAUCUAAUCAUUAUAUGGUUUAAAACAAAAGCAUCAAACUGACUGUGAAAUAACAGAAGGCAUUAUCAAUUUUGUUUUUGUUAUGUUUACACAAAGCUAACAGUAUUCUCGAACGACUGGUUCAUAUUGUUAUUCUGUACCUAAUUUGUCUUUUAAUGUUUUAAAAAUCAUAAGCAUUUAGCCUUUAGAAAAUCUUAUAUGCAUUGCACAUAAUAUAUAAACAUAUGGUUGUGUCAAUUGACAAAACAUUCAACUAAAAAGAUAUAGACAUUAUAUUACUUUAGCAAAACAUUAUAUAUACACAUAUACCUUAUGGAAAUAUUUGAUUUUAUAAACAUUACAUGAGAUGCUGCAUACAAAUCACCACAAAUGCAUUUUUACAACUCAGUUUUGAAAAAAAAAAUUCUAUGUAUACAAAUGUUAACACAAUUAGUGAUUGCCUUAUUGUGUAAUAAAAUAUAAGUAGAUCACAAAUGUCUUGCAUUUCUUUGUCUAACAAGUCAAAACAGGAAUAUCAUAGAGAAUGUUACUUUAUACAGAUAUUUAUAACAAUAAAGGCAGAAUUCAGGUUCUUGAUA